GACGAGGCAGUGGCGGCGGCGGCGGCGGCGGCGGGUGAUGGAGCCGGAGCCGGAGGGUCCGGAGCCCCCCCCGGGGAUGGGGGAGGAUCCGGAGCCCCCCCCGGACCCCCCUCCUUGGGGGGUGCCGUGGGAGGAGGCGGGGGGGGGCCUGCAGGUGCUGGGGGGGUGGGCGGCGCCGCUGCUGCUGCGGGGGGAGACCCAGCGGCUGCUGCGGGAGCUGGGGGGGGCCCGGCCCCUCCCCCGCCUGCCCCACAUCAAACGGGUGCGGGGGGGGCCCGGGGGGGCCGCGGUGCUGCUCUGCCUCGACAGCCACCUGCAGGGGGCAGGUGACGGAGCCACCCCGGGGGCGGCUGCCACCGCGGGACCCCCGGGCACCGACGUCCCCGAGGCCACCGGGGGCUGCGGACACAGGACCGGGGACACCGGGGACACCGACACCGGUGGCGCCACCGCUGUCACCGAGGCCACCGGGGGCCAGGGACGCUGGACUGGGGACACCGAGGACAUGGACGUCGGCGGUGCCACCACCGUCCCCGAGGCCACCGUGGGCUGCGUGUGCGGGACUGGGGCCGCCAGGGACACCGAGGCCACCGACGCUGGCUGUGCCACCGCCGUCCCCGAGGCCACCGGGGGUCCUGGAUGCAGGACUGGGGACACCACGGACACCGACACCGGUGGCGCCACCGCUGUCACCGAGGCCACCAGGGGCCAGGGACGCUGGACUGGGGACACUGAGGACAUGGACAUCGGCGGUGCCACCGCCGUCCCCGAGGCCACCGUGGGCUGUGGGUGCCGGACAGGGGACCCCGGGGACACCGACACCCGUUGUGCCACCGACGUCCCCGAGGCCGCCGUGGGCCGGGGACACGGGACUGGGGACACCAGGGCCACGGACAUCAACGGUGCCACCGAUGUCGCCGAGGCCACCGCGUGCCCCGGAAGCAGCUCUGAUGCCACCAGCGUCCCCGGUGCCACCGCGCCCCGCGCCGCCGUCCCCCCGCUGCGGGUGCUGCUGGGCCCCGGGGUGUCGAGCCGGGGGCUGGGGACCCCUUUCCGCGUCAGGGUGCCGGGGCGGGUGCCGCCGCGGGGGACGCCGGCGACAGGGCUGUGGCCUUGGGUGACGCGGGGGGGGACGGGGGAGGGCAGCGAGUGUCCCCCGCUGAGCCCCGGGGAGGCGGCGGCGGCGGCCGCCAUGAUGGCGGUGGCGGUGGCGGCGGCGCGGCGCGGGGCGCGGGCGGGGAUGGUGGCGGCGGGGGCGGCCGUGGUGGAGCCGGGGACGGGGCGGGUGCUGGCGGCCACCCACGACGCCCGGCGGGGGGGCCACCCCCUGGCACACGCCACCAUCACCUGCCUGGAGGCCGUGGCGCGGGGACAACGGCAGGGAGGGGACGCUGCUGGCGGGGGUGGCACUUGGGCUGGAGGUUGGGGUGGCCCUGGGGACGCCGGGGGUGGUGUCGGGGGCACCGGGGGUGCUGGUGGCCCUGGAGAUGCUGGUGGCACCGGUGGCACCAGGAGUGUUGGUUGUCCUGGAGGUCCUGGUGGCACUGGAGAUGCUGGUGGCACCAGGAGUGCUGGUGGCCUUGGAGGUCCUGGUGGCCCUGGAGGUGCUGGUGGCACUGGUGGCACCAGGAGUGUCGGUUGUCCUGGAGGUCCUGGUGGCACUGGAGAUGCUGGUGGCACCAGGAGUGUUGGUUGCCCCGGAGGUCCUGGUGGCACUGGAGUCCCUGGUGGCACUGGUGGCACCUGGACUGCUGGUGGCCCUGGACGUCCUGCUGGCCACGGAGGUUGUGGUGGCAGUGGUGGCACCAGGAGUGCUGGUGGCCCUGGAUGUCUUGGUGGCCCUGGGGACGCUGGUGGCCCUGAAGGUCCUGGUGGCCCUGGAUGUUCUGGUGGCCCUGGAUGUCUUGGUGGCCCUGGUGAUGCUGGUGGUCCUGGAUGUUCUGGUGGCCCUGGAUGUCUUGGUGGCCCUGGUGAUGCUGGUGGCCCUGGGGACGCUGGUGGCCCUGGAUGUCUUGGUGGCCCUGGUGAUGCUGGUGGCCCUGGGGACGCUGGUAGCCCUGGUGAUGCUGGUGGCGCUGGAUGUUCUGGUGGCCCUGGGGACGCUGGUGGCCCUGGUGGCGCUGAAGGCGCUGGUGGCCCCGGGGGGGCGGGGGGGGGUUACCUGUGCGUGGGGUGCGACGUGUACCUGACGCGGGAGCCCUGCGCCCUCUGCGCCAUGGCCCUGCUCCACGCCCGCGUGCGCCGCGUCCUCUUCGGCGUCCCCUCCCCCCAGGGCGCCCUCAGCACCCGCUACGGCCUCCACGGCCGCCCCCCCCUCAACCACCGCUACCCGCGCCUACGGCGGCGUCGCCCCCCGCGCCUGCGCCCGCCUCGCGCCCCCCCAGCAAUAAAACCCCCGCGGGGGGACGGGGACCCGCCUCGGCCUGCGCUGGGGGGGGACGGGGGGGCACAGAAGGGCCACGGAGCACAGACCGCUCUAGACCAGUAUGGACCAGGGGCUGGGGGGCCUGAAGGACUAUGGUGGACCAGUAUGGUCCAGUACGGACCAGUACAGACUAUUGUGGGCCAGUAUGGACCAGUACAGACUAUUGUGGACCAUAUGGACCAGUACAGGCUAGUAUGGACCAGUAUAGACUAUUGUGGGCCAGUGCAGACCAGUACAGAGCAGUAUGGACCAGUGCAGACCAGUACAGACUAUUAUUGCGGGCCAGUAUGGACCAGUAUGGGCCAGUAUGGACCAGUAUAG